AUGACCGGCGUCGUCGUCGGCAAAUCACAAGUGAAAUCUAAUAGGAUGAUCGAAGUACGGUACACCCGUAAUCUAUUCCUACGUGGAAUUUGUAUCAUUUAUCUUUUUGCAUUUGUGAGCUUCUAUGUUCAGAUACCAGGACUUUAUGGAGACAAUGGGAUAUUACCAGCAAGAACACAGAUAGAUCUCAAAGAUAAAUCGUCCUGCUUGGAGAAAUUUAAGCAAAAACCAACAUUAGUAUGGAUUGCUCCUUACUUAGGAUUAAAUGUUGAAUACACUCUUGAUUUGAUCGCUUUGAGUGGAGUUGUAUUAUCAUUCUUAGGGUUUAUUUCUCAAAGAUUUUGCGUAUGGCCAACAUUUAUGUCAUUAUGGGCUCUCUAUUUUUCUCUUUAUCAAGUUGGACAAACUUUUAUGCAAUAUCAAUGGGACACUCUGUUACUAGAAACAGGGUUUUUGUCUAUACUCAUUGCACCAUUUUGGGUCCCGAAAAAGGCAAAAAUUAGCACUCCCAGUGAUACUGUAACAUUUUGGUGUGUACGUUGGCUUCUAUUCCGAUUUAUGUUCUCAAGUGGAGUAGCUAAACUAGCUUCAGGAUGUCCUGUCUGGUGGAAUCUUGAUGCUCUGUCUCAUCAUUUUGAAGUUCAAUGCCUUCCUGGAGUAUUAGCGUGGUUUGCCCAUCAUCUACCAUCAUGGUAUCUUCGUUUAACAACAGUCACCACUAAUGUCUUUGAAUUGGGUAUUCCAUUCUUGUACUUUUUCCCUAACAGAAAAGUUCGUCUGGUGGCUUUUUACAUCCAGAUUUACCAAUAUCUCCAUAUAAUGGCUACAGGAAAUUGGAACUUCCGUGACUUGCUGGUGAUUUGUUUGUCUAUUGGAUUAUUGGAUGAUCAAUUUUUCUACAAGAGAAAAUCAAAGCAAGAAUCUUCACGUUGGACAAAUCAUCUCUCCACUUUUGUAUGUCUUGUAGUUUAUGCGGCUGUUGUAUAUGCAACAAUCGUUUUAUACAAAAUACGACUACUCGACAACUGGACUAUUCACACUGAAAUAGGAUUCACACAACAACAGUUUACUUACUAUCUCAAUAAAGUGAUUCUCGCUUCAUUUAUCAUUGGUAUAAUUUCAUUAGGAUUUACGGUUGCUGAUUCAAUUACCCAUUCACUUUUAAUAACCAAGGGAUCACUGAACACAAUAAUAACAUUUAUUACUACUGUGUUCUACACUGUUGCUGUGUGCCUGAUUUUUGGUACCAGUUUGGUUCCAUUUUCAAGCUUGGAUCCAUCUCACAACAUAACUAUUCCACCACAGAUUAAACAAAUGUAUAUGAAAGUUGAACCUUAUCGUAUUUCUAAUGGCUACACUUUAUUCCGGCGUAUGACAGGAAUUGAUGGCCGUCCAGAAAUAAUAAUUGAAGGAAGUAAUGAUAUCGAAGGACCAUGGAGAGAGUAUGAAUUCCUUUAUAAACCGGGAAAUGUUAACCAUUCACUUUCAUUUGUCGCACCUCACUCACCUCGUUUGGAUUGGCAAAUGUGGUUUGCCGCACUCGGAACAUAUCAUAAUAACCCUUGGAUUAUGUCUCUUACCUAUCGAUUACUGACAAAUCAAAAAGAAGUACUAUCUUUAUUAAAUACUGUAGAGAAACCGUUUGGUGACAAGCCUCCAAAAUACAUUCGGGGUAAUCUUUAUCACUAUCAUUUUGUACCAUGGAAGAAUUCAUGGAACAGAGAAAGCUGGUGGACUAGAGAAAAAGUUGGAGAAUACUUCCCAAUAUUUAGUCGCGACCAUCCACCAUUGUUAGAAUACCUUAAGAAAUUAAAUAUUCUUCAAGACAAGCCGACUAUUAAAAUAACAAAUAAAAUGAUGAAGACAGUACUUGAUUAUAUGAGGAUGGUAACUGAGAAAAUAGAACCCAGUUUACUUGUGUGGAGUAUUUUCAUCGCAGGGUGUGCAAUAAUUAUGACGACUAAAACAACUCCUCAAUCAAAGAGGAAAUAA